UCGGGGCCAGUACGUUAAAAACUGUUGCACUGCGUCGCUGGGACGUCAGUUCAUUCAGAACAGUCGAAGGGCGCAGACCACUGGAAGAGGACAAAAAUCGAGGAGUCGACGUCGACCUCCCACCUCCAGAUCCGAGACUCCUAUUUGGGACACCGACACCACAUAGCCAUGAAGAUGCCACUGCUGACCCUCCGCCGGAGCAGUUCUUUGCCCAUCCUGGCACUAAUCCUGUGCCUCAGUCCGCUGAUCCAGGCUGUGCCCGCCUCGGUGCUCGCCCAGGACACGGAGCUCUCCACCAGCGCCUACCAUAAGCUCCAGCUCCAGCAGCAGCAGCAACAGCAGCUGGAAAAACAGCAGCAACAGAAGCAGCAGCAGCAGCAGCAACAGCCGGCAGCAGCGAAACGUUCCGAGGAGGCGAGUGCUCUGCCCUCGGCGGACAAGAAGUCGAGUCCGGAAAUUGUGCCUGCUUCCUUUAGCAAUGCUCCAUCGGCCCGGAAUGCUCCCAUUCCCGCGAUCUCCUCCAGCCAACAGGUGCCAUCCGGCAUUUAUGCCCUGCCCAGCAACGAUGAGAUCCUGGCCGCGGUGGCUGCCGCAGCCCAAAAUAGCCAGCAGCAGCUGCAGGAGGAGCCCACCCCGCUGGAGGAGGCGGUGGCCAGCUCCACGAUGCGCAAGCGGGGCGUCAACUACGAGUACAACCCGUACUUGUCGGCCGCGGCCAGCGACUACGGCAGCGAUGUGCCGAAUGGCGUCUGGUCGGAUGACUACGAGGCCGCCGUUCCGGUCAGCUAUGGCGAACGGGAUCUCCAGGAAAUCGAUGACUACGUUCCAGAGCGAAGAGUGAGUGGCUCGAGUGCGCGGAACAAGGCCUAUGAUAACCUGCAAAAUCUCCUGAAUGCCGAGGCCUAUCUGGAGAGCAUUCCCCUCUCGGUUCCGCUGACCUAUGCCAACCGGAACUACAACUUGGAUGACCGGAACAAGCGGGGUAUUUACUACAACAUGGGUGGCAGUGGUGCCAAUAGUGCAAGCAGCCUUGGCAUUGAUACUGGCUAUAAUAGCGAAAAUAUUAACCUCAACAAAUAUCGUCGCUUCAAUGAUAUGCGUCUGAAACGCGACACCCAGCUGAAUCCCGCCGACAUGUUGGCCCUGGUUGCUUUGGUGGAGGCUGGUGAAAGGGCGCGCAAGGAGAGCGAUGUGGAGAGCUCCGUGGCAGUGCCCAUGGUCGCCUCCGAUGACCUUGACUAUGUGCCGGCAGCCAGUUGGAUGGACGUGCCCGUACAGGCGCAACCCGCACUGGUGGACUACUACGGAAUGCCGCUGGACAACCAGAACCAGUUGAUGCCCAAGUAUGAGUACGUGCCACGCCAACACAAGUACACUGGAGUCAAUAGCCGCUUUGGAGCCUCGAAACAGCGUUAUAUGGUGGCCAAGAAGAAGCGUUCCAUUAGUCAGAGCCAAUUUAUGAACGAACCCGUGGCCGAACGUGGAUCCAGCUAUAAUGGCGAAAAGUACUUCUAAAUCUAAAGAUCCCAACGCAUCGAUAGUCUACUAUAUAGUAUUUAAUGAUAGCCCACACAGGCCCCACGAAAAGUAUUUCUCGUUUUUUUCCAAAAAAACAUUGAUCAUAAACAUAAUCCAAGGAUAAAAAAUCAACAAAUUUUUCAAUUCAAUUAUAGUAAAUGAGCUAGUGUGUCAAGGUCAACUCGUGUGCAAUUUUUGUGUAGAACUUCAAUUUUUAACCAACACUAACAAGAAUCAAAUUAUUGUUAUUAAAUAUUAUAUGUCAAGAACAUAAUCAAGUCAAUGUUUUUAGUAUGUCAAACCGGGUUCGAUGAUUUUCUCCCAUGAAACUAGUCCUUAGUCUAAUCGAAAAAUGGAACUAAACCGAAUCUAAAAGCCACUUAAUCCCUGUAAGAAAUCAAUGUCUAUGGCAAACUAAAUGUACAAUUACUGAGAAACCAGAGAAACCGCAACUAUC